UGGUAACAUCGCACCAGAAAAGAUUACAUACCGCAGACAGACAACCGUGUAGUGUUUACCUACGCAUUGUUCUUACGCAUUGUUGGCCCUACGGAUCGUCGCUCUACGCAUCGUUGCCCAACGCAUCGUCGCCCUACGCCUUCUCGCCAUAUGCAUAGUUGCCCUACGCAUUGUUAUAUGGCGUGUACGCAUUGUCCUAUGGCGUGUACGCAUUGUCCUAUGGCGUUUACAACCUAACGUUCACGCGGUGUCGUUUACACACUGUCGUUUACGCAUUGUCUUAUACGCAUUGUCUUAUGACAUUUACGCAUUGUCCUACGACGUGUACGUAUAGUCCUAUGGCAUGUACGUAUUGUACUAUGGCGUUUUUUUUGGCGUCACACCAUGCCGUACUGUACGUCAUAUGGCAUUUACACAAUGUCGUUUACGCGUUGUCAUUUACGUUUUAUCAGCAUCGCUCAGUGAAAGGCGUCCACCCCCUAUAGCUGUGUACGCAUUGUUAUAUUGCGUGUACGCAUUGUCCUAUGGCGUGUACGCAUUGUCCUAUGGCGUGUACGCAUUGUCCUAUGGCGUGUACGCAUUGUCCUAUGGCGUUUACAACCUAACGUCCAUGCGGUGUCGUUUACACACUGUCGUUUACGCAUUGUCUUAUACGCAUUGUCUUAUGACAUUUACGCAUUGUCCUAUGGCGUGUACGCAUUGUCCUAUGGCGUGUACGCAUUGUCCUAUGGCGUGUACGCAUUGUCCUAUGGCGUGUACGCAUUGUCCUAUGGCGUGUACGCAUUGUCCUAUGGCGUUUACAACCUAACGUUCACGCGGUGUUGUUUACACACUGUCGUUUACGCAUUGUCUUAUACGCAUUGUCUUAUGACAUUUACGCAUUGUCCUACGACGUGUACGUAUUGUCCUAUGGCAUGUACGUAUUGUACUAUGGCGUUUUUUUUUGGCGUCACACCAUGCCGUACUGUACGUCAUAUGGCAUUUACACAAUGUCGUUUACGCGUUGUCAUUUACGUUUUAUCAGCAUCGCUCAGUGAAAGGCGUCCACCCCCUAUAGCUGUGUACGCAUUGUCAUAUGGCGUGUACGCAUUGUCCUAUGGCGUGUACGCAUUGUCCUAUGGCGUGUACGCAUUGUCCUAUGGCGUGUACGCAUUGUCCUAUGGCGUUUACACACUGACGUCCACUCGGUGUAUAGUCCUAUGGCAUGUACGUACGACAACAUACCUAAUGGUGAUGUACAGGAUUGAUGCAGGGAUGGCCAGAGGAGCUGGAGUGAUGAGGGGGUGGCGAGGGG